GGACGGCAAGUCGUCUAAAUAGUCUUUUCGAGUCCGUAGAGCGACGCCGUCACUCAGAAGCUUGCGAAAACUGUCGGCGAGGACUCCACCCGAUUGCAUUCCGAGCUGGGCUGUCUUCUACGCUUUCCUCGUCUUCUCGCGGUUACGGGCUUCUCGUGCGAAGCAAACCAGCCCUUUUCUUCUUUCUCAUCAAAGUAAAUAAAACGCAAGCCGCUCCUCUCGGCAACCGGAUCGUAACCCUCGCUUGCUCGCCCCCUCCUCCGACUCUGCGGUUGCACCGCCCCACCGUCGCGGCCGGCCAAAAUAUGUCGCAAGAGGACACCAUCCCCCUCCACCACUCCUCCCAGUCCGACAUCGACGAGAUCGAGAACCUCUUCAAUGUUCCCGUCCACGCCGCCACCGUACUCCCCGCCCGUCCCCCCAGCCCCCCUCGCGUCUCCAUCCCCGUUUCCCAUUCCUCCACCCCCUUGCCGACCUACCAGAAGGUGCCGCCAUCCUCCUCCUCACCCCCGGUCGUACCGGCUGUGCCAGCCGCUGCUGCUCCGACAGGAAGAUCUAGUAUUGGCGUCGCCGCAGAUGCCUUCGGCUCGCCUGCCGACACGCUGACGGAGCCCGUUUGGGAUACGGUGAAGCGGGAUCUAGCGAGGAUCGUGAGCAAUCUGAAGCUGGUAGUGUUCCCGAAUCCGUUUAGAGAGGAUCCGGGAAGGGCACUCAGGGAUUGGGAUCUUUGGGGGCCCUUUUUCUUCAUCGUGUUCCUCGGAUUAACUCUUUCUUGGUCUGCGUCGGUGAAGAAGUCUGAAGUCUUUGCUGUUGCAUUUGCAAUCCUUGCUGCUGGUGCCAUUAUUCUCACAAUGAAUGUUCUACUUCUGGGUGGCCAUAUCAUAUUUUUUCAAAGCCUCAGUCUUCUUGGCUACUGUCUCUUCCCCCUGGAUGUAGGAGCCCUAGUUGGCCUGUUGAUUGGCAAUGUUAUGGUCAAGAUAGUGGUCGUCGCCAUUACAUUCGCAUGGAGCUGUUGGGCAGCAUAUCCUUUCAUGAGCGCAGCAGUUAAUCCCAGAAGGAAAGCCUUGGCCUUGUAUCCUGUUUUCCUAAUGUACGUAUCUGUUGGCUUUUUUAUCAUUGCUAUAGAUUAAGACCUCGAACAUCUAAGUGCUUGGUGGUUAGUAGUCAAACUGUCUUUCGUCGAACUACGUAAACAUAAUUCAGAGAGAUUUCCCGGCAUUGUUUACUUUUCAUACUACAAGACCUUCCGUCCGUGUUGGUUGAGUGGAAAGUUGUGUUUAAUCUAUGGGAUUCGGCGUAA